CUUCAGAAUACAAAGAGCAAUGAAAACAAACAAAUGAUAAUGCAAAUAAUAACAAUGGCUCAAUAAAAGCCCUGGUCUCUGACCUUUUACAUUCAUAGUACAUGUUCUUCCCUUUGAGACGCAACUCCUCCAGAGGUCAUGCGAUAUUUAAAAUUUUAAAUUUCCAUCUGCUUUUUUUUCCAACCCAAAUUGAAGCAAUCAGUUUGGGGAAAAGACUACUGUCGCUCUCAGUCACUGCAUAGAAUUAGUGCUUUACUGUUUCUUGGCCCCAAGGAUGAUUUUAUUUAUUGCACAUCGGUAACAUUUACUGAAUUUGUUGGAGAAAAAAAAUCUUUUUUUCAUCUGUGGAUGUAUUUGCUUGACUGGCUGAACAUUUGCAAGUGAGUUAAAAGCAGGAUCUAAACCAGAGACGGGGAAAAAAAAAAAAAAAAACACCUGACGCAUGCCUGGUAAACCAAAAGAACUUCUAGAAGGAGCUGAAAGAAGAGGGACAGCAGCUUUUCAGUAUCCCUGCUCAUUUUACUUUGUGGGACUGGUAUCAGGUAUCAGAGAGGACUGGAAAUUUCCCUGAUAUCCAGUUCUCUGAUUUUUAUAACAUCCUGAUGAAGGUGUGCUUGAGCAUGUGUUAAUAACACUGCUGUUACUGGUCACAGAAAAGAAAAGCUGGUCAGCUGGGACAUACUCAUCUAAGACAAGUUUGCGACACUCAUUGUGAUUCACAUUUGCCAUGGAACCAGUCCUUGAUCUCUCCUCCCUCCCUCAGCCAACCCCCACAGUGACAUAUAACCCUAAGUCUGAAACCGUGACUUUCCCGAGUGGGGUGGUCUCUGUUGCAGGCGUCACUGUGAUAACUGGGGGCACUGAGCUGUCCUGCAGCUCCUGUAUGUUGGCAUUUGGGUUUUGGGGUACUUUGGUUGGCCUGAGUGCACUGUGUGUAGGACUGAGGGAGUACUUUCUGCUAAAUGAGGGCAACAUUUCAAACCUGCUGGCUAUGGGUUUGGUGAUCCUAAUUAUAAGUCUAGGCAUUAUGGUUGGAGUGUUUGGGAUUCGUUUCAUCAAGAAGAAGACAGGGAUUAUGAGAAGACAAAAGGAAGAAGGAAAAGUUGUGCUGGUUAAUGAGGGAGGGCAGACUGUCAUAAAGAAAAUGACUGUCUGAAAGGAGAGAAAGCAAAACAUACAUUACAUGUGUUUCAGCAGAAUAUCAUGUUUCAGUUGCACAAUAGCUUUAUAUAGUGCCAGCAUCUGUGUAUUGGCAUUUUUACUUGACAAUAAUUCUAAUUCAUGACUGUUGAAAAUGUCAGAUUCAGAGGUUUGACAUAUUUAUUAUCAGAAUGCUCUGUUUUUCAGACUAUACUAUGACUACUGGAUACUGAUACAACUGUUAUUCUGAUAGGCUACUGAUAUUCACCAAUCAUUUUGCCUAUUCAAUAUUACUGUUUAAAAAUGAAAAAAUUAAGGAUAUUUAACAUCAAGUUUUUACUAUAAUGGCUCUCUCUCUCUUUCUCUCUCUCUGCUCACUAACAGAGAAAGUAACACAGGAAAUAAUUAUCUGAAUUUCCUGCAAGCAGAGUGGAUACAUUUAAGUGUUUCCUGUGUAAACAGAAAACAGCAUGUUUAGAAACUGGUUCAGGAGUUCUGUAGGAAUUCUGACAUUAACUGAGAUAAUAAAUUCUAAUUUCUGUAGAAAUGCAAAUUAAUAUUUCGACAUUUUCAAAAGAGAAAUAUGAAAAUAGGUCCUCAAUAACAACUUGUUUUUUUUUCUUGUAAUAAUUAGAACCCUGCUCGUUGCUCAUGUGCGUGUGCAUGUGUAUGUUCACUGUUUCAGAUGGGUUAAAUGCAGAGAGGAAUUUCACAAGUGUGUGAUGAAUAAAGUUGUGCUUUCUUUCUUUCUUUCUUUCUUUCUUUAGUAAUCAGUAUGAUAUUAUUUUUGCCCAGUAUCCUGUUGAUUAUUAUGUGAAUGCAUAAACUGUUGUGUAAAAUUUGUCAGGCUUAAGUAUUCAAUAAAAUAUUUUGUCUCUA